AUGAGUGAUCUUCAUACAUCAUUAUUGAACGAUAAUGUCUCUUUUGAUUAAUUGUAUGAGAACGUGAAAGCAUAACUCAUAGACUACCAACAAAGUGUUGACGAAUUGCAAGUAUCAGGGGAAUCAGAAAUUGAUUAGCACAAUGUCAAUCAAGUGUUUCUACAAUUGAAGGCUAUCUAAUUGGAGCAUAUGAACAUUAAAGAGAACAUCAUUAAAUUGGAGCAAUCAUCUAGGGGAGUUGACCAACGAAAUAAAACCAAGAAGUUAAGAGAUUUGUACAAUAGUCAUCUCCAAAGACAUCAACAGUUAUAUAAAAAUAUGAUUAAUGAUUGUGGAUAUGAAUCUUUAAAGGAAGUGCUAAAAGAUAUUGAACGAAUGAUGAAAAUGACAUCAAAAUAAGAUGUUCAAAAUUUUACAUUGAAUCAUUCGUCCAAUAAUCAAAAAAAUGCUUAAAAUAAUUCAUAAUUAUAAAUGAUGGAUGUCUAAUAAUUUGAACAAUUCGACCACCUUGAAUGGCACAAUGAAAUCAUUAAAUAAAAUUAAGAGGAAAUAGAUUAAAUCUAAUAUAAGACAUAAACAAUUAAUAAAAUCGUAUAAGAUUUAGCUUUGGAAAUAGAACAUUAGGAUACCUAUUUUGAUGUGAUAGAGACUAAUGUCACAACAACUAAGGAGAAUGUUAUCAAAACUUAAGACUAAUUAACUAAAACAUAAGAAUAAUAGAAAAGUGGCAAAAAGAAGUUGUGGUGCAUGUUAAUUUGUGCUGUUGUUGCAUUCUUAGUUUUGUUAUUAAUUUUAUUAUUGUGA